ACAAAACUACUAAAUUAAGACAGAAUGCUCUGGCAGCUGUGCCCGUUUCUUCCUCCACUCUCACCAGGUCUCAGUCCUCUUCCUACCUCUGCUUUCCCCAGCUUCCAGUUCCCUCAUUGUCUGGUGAGCUUCCUCAGCCUCAGUGGGUGCUGUCCUGUGGGCAAAGCUGCCUGCCUGUUGUCUUCUGUCCUCUCUGCAUGCACUUCCUGUUGGUGAUCUGGAAGGUGUGAGGGGCAACCUGCCUGCCACCCAGGUGGUGAUUGGACUCUAGACCAUGUGCCUAGGUAGUAUUUCCUUUCUCCGCAGCUCCACUCCCCCAGCAGCGCUCACCACACCCUUGUUCUGAGAACCUCAUGAGCUAAGCUCUUGUCAGCAUCCAGCCAUGGGGGAUAUGAAAACCCCAGAUUUUGAUGACCUUCUGGCUGCCUUUGACAUCCCAGAUCCCACAAGUCUUGAUGCCAAGGAGGCCAUCCAGACACCCAGUGAGGAGAGUGAAAGUCCCCUGAAGUCUUCAGGCAUGUGUAUGGAUGAGAAUGUGUCCUUGUCUCACUCAGGAUCAGCCCCAGAUGUGCCGGCUGUGAGUGUCAUUGUCAAGAACACCAGCCGCCAAGAGUCAUUUGAAGCAGAGAAAGACCACAUUGCUCCAAGUCUCCUUCACAAUGGAUUUCGGGGUUCAGACCUGCCUCCAGACUCCCACCACUGUGGAAAGUUUGAUUCUACUUUCAUAAAUGGAGACAGUGCUAGGAGUUUCACAAGCAAGCUGGAGCCUUCCAAGUCAGAGCCAUUACCAACCUUUAACCAGUUUAGCCCAAUCUCUAGCCCAGAACCCGAGGAUCCUGUCAAAGAUAGUGGGUUUGGGAUAAAGUCCAAGCACUCUGAUAGUUAUUUCCCACCUCCUGCUGGGUGUGGAGCUGUGGGGGGCCCAGUGUUGGAAGCUCUGGGUAAGUUCCCAGUCCCGGAGCUACACAUGUUUGAUCACUUUUGUAAGAAAGAACCCAAACCAGAACCCUUGCCUUUGGAGAGCCAGCAGGAGCAGGAGCGGGGUGGGCCGAAGGUGGUGGAGCCCCACAAAGAUCUGGAUUCCAGUCGGUUCUUUGGGGAAGCAUUAGAAUUCAAUAGUCACUCUAACAACAGUAUUGGAGAGCCUAAGAAACUUGCUUCAGAAUUUAGUGCUUGCUCCUCUGUUCCACCUAGGCAGCGUCUGAAGCCAGCCCAUUCCAAACUAUCUUCUUGUGUUGCAGCCUUGGUGGCCCUACAGGCCAAAAGAGUGGCCAAUGUCACCAAGGAGGAUCAGCCUGGUCACACAAAGGAUUUCUCAGGGCCCACUAAAGAGGGUUCUAAAGGCAGCCCCAAAAUGCCCAAGUCACCAAAGAGUCCCCGGAGCCCUCUGGAGGCCACUAGAAAAAGUAUCAAGCCAUCAGACAGCCCUCGGAGCAUCUGCAGUGAUAGUAGCAGCAAAGGGUCUCCUUCUGUGGCUGCCAGCUCCCCACCAGCAAUUCCCAAAGUCAGAAUCAAAACAAUUAAGACGUCAUCAGGGGAAAUCAAACGGACUGUUACAAGGAUCCUGCCAGACCCUGAUGAUCUAAGUAAGUCCCCUGUUGAGUCACCUGUAGGGAGCACCAUUGCUGAGACCCCCAGUGAGGUGCCAGGGGAUGAGGGCACAGCCCUGCCUGUGGAAGAGCACUUUCCUGAGGCGGGCAUAAAUUCAGGGAGCCCCCAGAGUGACAGAAAAGGGGAUGAGAGCGUGACAAAGGCCAGUGACUCGACAUCUCCCUGCCGUGGCUCUGGGCCCCGGGCCCCGAAAGGUGCUGCCUUGAAUUCCCAGGCGAGCAAGAAGCAGCAGAGCACAGCUCUUCCGGCAUCAGCCCUGGCCUCUGCCAGUCUGCUGCCCAAAGCUGUACACCUGGCCAACUUGAACCUGGUCCCUCACAGUGUUGCUGCAUCUGUGACUGCCAAGUCCUCAGCACAGAGACGGAGCCAGCCUCAGGUCACGCAAAUGACAGUGCCCCUGGUCCACCAGGUGAAGAAGGCCGCCCCUCUAAUCGUGGAGGUCUUCAACAAGGUCCUCCAUAGCUCUAACCCUGUGCCCCUCUAUGCGCCAAAUCUCAGCCCACCUGCAGACAGCAGAAUCCACGUGCCGGCCAGUGGGUACUGCUGCCUGGAGUGUGGAGACGCGUUUGCCUUAGAGAAGAGCCUGAGCCAGCACUACAGCCGGCGGAGCGUCCACAUUGAGGUGCUGUGUACACUUUGCUCUAAGACGCUGCUCUUCUUCAACAAGUGCAGUCUGCUUCGGCAUGCCCGUGACCACAAGAGCAAGGGACUUGUCAUGCAGUGCUCGCAGCUGCUUGUGAAGCCCAUCUCUGCGGACCAGAUGUUUGUGACAGCUCCUGUGAACUCCACAGCACCAGCAACCCCAGCCGCUUCUUCCUCCCCCAAACCCAGCCCCACUUCAGGCAAUGCCAACUCUGCAAUUCCAGCCUUGCCACUUUACCCAGACCCAGUGAGGCUCAUCCGGUAUGGAACCAAAUGUCCUGAAUGUCACAAGCAGAUGCGAGACUAUAUGGUCCUGGCUGCACAUUUCCAGAGGACAACAGAGGAAACUGAGGGGCUGACCUGCCAGGUAUGCCAGAUGCUGCUGCCAAACCAAUGUAGUUUCUGUGCACACCAGCGGAUUCAUGCCCACAAGUCCCCCUACUGCUGCCCGGAGUGUGGUGUCCUCUGUCGCUCUGCCUACUUCCAGACUCACGUAAAGGAGAAUUGCCUACACUAUGCUCGAAAAGUGGGCUACAGGUGCAUCCACUGUGGUGUCAUCCACCUGACUUUGGCCUUGCUGAAAAGCCACAUCCAGGAGCGACACUGCCAGGUUUUCCACAAGUGUGCAUUCUGCCCCAUGGCCUUCAAGACUGCCAGUAGUACAAUGGACCACAGUACCGCCCAGCACCCCACCCAGCCCCACAGACCCUCCCAGCUAAUUUAUAAGUGCUCCUGUGAAAUGGUCUUCAAUAAGAAGAGGCACUUUCAACAGCAUUUUUACCAGAAUGUCAGCAAGUCACAGGCGGGUGUCUUCAAGUGCCCCGAGUGCCCACUCCUAUUUCUGCAGAAGCCGGAAUUAAUGCAGCACGUGAAGAGUACCCACGGUGUUCCCAGGAACGUGGAUGAGCUAUCCAGCCUCCAGGCUUCGGCGGACACACCCUCUAGUCGCCCUGCUUCUCGAGCUCCCUCUGAGCCCCCAGCUACAAGCGUAGCCGCUAGAGGCAGCUCCCUGACUGCUGGUCGCUGGGGCCGGCCAGAAACCCACCGCAGCAGGGCUGAAGCCAGGCCCCGGAUGAGGAGCACUGGUUGGACCUGCCAGGAGUGCCAGGAAUGGGUUCCCGAUCGAGAGAGCUAUGUGUCCCACAUGAAAAAGAGCCAUGGCCGGACACUGAAGCGGUACCCGUGCCGGCAGUGUGAACAAUCCUUCCACACCCCCAGCAGCCUGCGCAAACACAUACGUAACAACCACGACACAGUAAAGAAGGUCUACACUUGUGGGUACUGCACCGAGGAUAGCCCCAGCUUUCCUCGGCCCUCCCUCCUGGAGAGCCACAUCAGCCUUAUGCAUGGUAUCAGAAACCCUGAUUUGAGCCAGACAUCCAAAGUCAGACAUCCAGGUGGACAUUCCCCUCAGGUGAACCAUCUGAAAAGACCAGUCAGCAAAAUGGCAGAUGCUCCAGGCGCUAGCAAUGGCGCGACUGUUUCCUCUACCAAAAGGCACAAAUCCCUAUUUCAGUGUGCGAAAUGCAGCUUCUCCACAGCCUCAGAGCUCGAGUUCCAGAGCCACAUACCUCAGCACCAGGUGGACAGCUCCACAGCCCAGUGUCUCCUCUGCGGCUUAUGCUACACGUCUGCCACUUCCCUCAACCGCCACCUGUUCAUAGUCCACAAAGUGAGAGACCAGGAGGACGAGGAGGAGAUCGUGGAAGUGAAGGUGGAAGCCACAGACACAGAGACAUGCUCUGGAGAGGAGGUGGCCGUGGAGACUAGAGAGAAUGGACUGGAAGGAUGUGCCAGUGAGCCUUUGGUGGCUGACCUAGAGCCAAGGAGAUCACUAGGCCUGUCCCUGGAGGAAGACAGUGCCCAAGGCCCUCAGAAUCAACCACAGGCCUCUCAGGACCAGAAUAGCCAUGCACUAUCUCCUCAGGUGUGACCAGAGGCUUUGUAGCCAUCAACCAGGUCGUGGCACCUUCACCUGCUGUGCAGACUAUGAAAUAAAAAGCUCUGCCCCAGUAUGUGCGUGGCCACUGUGCUCUGGAGCAGUGUCUGUCCUGAGCUGUAGAUUCUGGAUGUCCCCAGCCCCAGAAAAUAUGGGGUCAUCCAGAAUCUCUCACAACUCUGGAUUUGCUUGUGUUAUUUAUAUGGCUUUAUGCUGCUUCCUGGUACCCCAGUUCUCAUACGUGUCCUUCCAGCCCUAGGCUACUUAGGUAGUACAACCCCAGUGCUGUCAUCUCAGCUUCAGCCCCUCAGUGGCUGUACUCUGGGCUCCCUACCUGCUGUAUUCAGCAGGAAUUCCUCAGAGCUCCGUUUCCCUAUAGACACCAGCUCUCCUUCCUGCCUUCAGAGCCCAAGAAGGAGGGAAUGAAGGGUGCUGGCCUUUCCCCUGGAAUUGUGCCCAGCCUGGCUUGGUGAGGUCUCUUGCUCACCCUUUCCUUCCUGUCUUCUCUGAUUCUUCUCCCCAGAAACAUCCUGAGGACUUCACUGUCACACUGGCUGAGCGUGUCUCUGUGGGUGGGGGAAGUGUCAGUACACUCCUGUUCGGAACUGAGGAGAGCAUGAAGUAUGGCCAAGGCAGGCAGGUGCCGAGAGCCAGGCCCUCCUCCUGCUGCUAUCCUGCAAUCCCUGACAGGUGGGGCGUGGGGUACACAGACAUUGGGAUAUUUGUAUUCUUGCUCCUGUGCCAUUAGAGAGGCUGCUGCCUCAGGCAGGCCAGUCCCUCCUCCUCUCGGCUACAUUCUUGUUGCUCAGACUAUAUUUCAAUAAAAAAAUCUUCUUACCAUGCAGGUAGGCUCUUGUAUUCAUCUUCAGGUGAGCUAGCCCUUCUUCCCAGAGUGCCCUGACUGCCUAUCUGAAGGAAACUGUUUCUGCUGCCCAUGGAGCUCUAGGUUCCGGACUUCUAAAGGAGCAGAGGGAGGGCAUCAGUACUGGUCCAAAGCUACCUCCAAGGACUCUGGCCUAAGGCCUAUUGAUAUUCUCUGGGAGUCUUUCCAUUAAAGGGCUUUCAAUCCAAGAGGUUCUUGGUGAGGGGUAGGAAGAAGGAAUUCUGUGACUUUUGUACAGCAUUUGGAAACCAUUGCCAUUGCCACAGCAAACCCAGACAUGGUAGAGUUAGGGUUAGAUGAGAGGUGGGUUCUGCCUGAGCACGCAGGACAGGUUGUGGGACAAAGUUCUCUGACCCAGAUGGCCUGGGGCGAGGCCCAGCAGGAUCCCGUGCAUCACAGGGAAGGGGUGCUGACUGAGGUCUUAAGCCAUGGUCUCUCCAGGGACGCAUGAAUAUGUAUUAGGAAUCAAGCUGGAGAAAUAUGCAUGACCUUUUCACAAUUGAAGACUUUUUUUUCUUGCUCUAUCAAAUGCCAAAUUUGUAGUGAAAGACUAAUUAAUGGCAGUAGGGAGAGUUAGUUCUUGCCUCAAGUCAGAGAGGCUCUGCUGUCUAUACCAUUUAAAUGAGCGUUCUUCCUGGGGGGCUCUAUCUCCCUUCUUCCCCAGCUGGCGAUGAGGGAAAGCCAGCCACUGUCCCUUCCCAGUUCCAUCACAUAACCCUGGUUUCUCUUGAGAUCCCACCAAUCUUUCUCCUUAGGCUAAUCCCCAUUGCAGGGAGUGUACCCCAGCUCAUUCAUGAGAACAGGUUCUUGAGGUGAAUAGAGGGCUUUGAACUGUGUAGCUGCAUUUCUUCCCACUCCGAAACCAUGGGAGCUGGAACCCAGAAGGUGGAGAAACUGCGGGUGGAGCAGCUGUCCCCAUGCCAGGUCCAACCUCUUGGAGUAGGAGAAUAGAAACUGCUCUGGGAAGCCUGAGCCGUUGCCUGAGUUCUUCCUGCCCUCAGCCAGCUCCUAACAGCCCUCCUCACAGGCUCCUCCUCAGAGCAAUCCCCAUCCAGCUCCUUCCAGGCUCUCCUGAGGUCAUAAGUGUGCAUGCACUAGUUUCUAGAACACUUAUGUGGGCCUGGAGACUGGAGCAUCUCAUCGGCUGCUCACAUUUGGAUGUGGGGUAUCAGUUAAGAAGUGGCCUGCAUGUCUAUCCAUUAUUCAAUGAUGAUGAAGAUAGCAUUUCCAGUCCUGCUCAUGGCCAGAGAUGUUCAUUUAAUCCUCACAAGGAUCUCAGUUAUCCUUCUGUUUUACAAAGAAAACAGCCGUACAGAGGUUGGAUAACAGGUUGGGCCACCUGUGAUGAUGGUGCUGAGUCAAGCCUGUCAAUCACUGUGCUACCUUAGUGACAGAGCUGCUCUGGCUGCUGCCAGCCUAUUGGCAGCAUGGAGCCAUCCAAAAUGCCCCCUUUCCAAAAAGGCAGGGUGCCCCAUCAUGUCAGAUCCUCCAUAGAGUCCACCAGUGCCUUGUCACCCCAAGGAGGGCCCUGCAUUUGCGUGCACGGUGUCCCUGUAAUGCCCAUUCUCACUGGGGUUCACUUUGCUAUCUAAAGACCCAUCGUUUCUGGAGCACUGCAGAAGACGUUACCUAACUCUUGGGGAACACCCGGUUCCCUUGGAGAUAGUCUCCCGAUUGUUCAUACUGAUUUUCAAUGCACUGUUGUUUGUCAUCUGAGGAUGCUUGCCGUAUUUCACUGCUGCCGUGGAUGCUCUCCUCAAGUGAGGGCAGAUUCUCUACUCUCCAGAAACUACCAACACUGAGGCCUGACAAAGGACUAGUAUUUAUACUUUAACUGCUUUGUCUUUGUAAAAUGAUACGCCAAAUUACCAUGGACUAAUUGUUGUAAAAAAUUUGCCUCUUAUGUAAACAGUCUGGGUUUUAAAAACUUAAUGGUUGCAUUGUCUUCUCCCCCUCCCCGAAUUCCACCUUUUGCCUUUCCCCAGACUGAGGAACUUCUGUCCUGUUCGCCAUCGUACAUUCAGCACCAGGUAAAUUUUGAAAAAAAUAGAUACAUAUACAUUUGACAACAAAACAUCGCACAGCGCAAAUGAAUAUACAAUAAAAAGUAAACUUCCUGACAGAGGUGAGCCUCCAGGGCCCUCACCAGAGUCCCUCAUUGUUAUCUCUAUCUGUGUACCCUUUCAGAGCAAUUCUAUGCAUUUAUGAGUUUAUAAAUAUGUAUAUUUAUAUAUCUAUUUUUAAUACAAACAGUAGCAUUCUAUACGCUA